AUGCCAAGAGAAUCGAUCCCAUGGGUGGAAAAAUAUCGUCCUCAACGGCUGUCUGAGAUCGUUGGCAACGAGGAAAUCAUACAAUCUUUGGGAUUUUUCGCCGAAAAAGGCAAUCCUCCCCACUUCAUUAUGUCGGGUCCACCAGGAUGUGGAAAGACCACUGCUAUUUGGGCGAUGGCAAGAGAAUCGUUGGGAGAGCACGUAAAGAAUGCUGUUCUAGAGUUGAAUGCUUCGGAUGACAGGGGAAUUGAUGUGGUUCGCAGCAAGAUCAAAAAUUUUUGCCAAACCAAAGUGAGUCUUCCCCCAAAACGCCAAAAAAUCAUCAUUUUGGAUGAAGCUGACUCGAUGACAGAAGGUGCUCAACAGGCGUUGCGACGUACGAUGGAAAACUACAGUGAGACUACACGAUUUGCUUUAGCUUGUAACCAGUCAGAUAAAAUAAUAGAACCUGUCCAGUCGCGAUGUGCAAUUUUGCGAUUCCAUAAGUUGACAGAUGCUCAGCUUGCUCACAGGCUCGAGGAAGUAUGUGCGGCUGAAAAUGUCAGCUAUGACAGAGAAGGUCUUAACGCCCUCCUCUUCACUGCACAAGGAGACAUGCGUCAGGCGCUAAAUAAUCUACAGUGCACUGUGUCUGCGCACGAGUUCGUUUCUGCUGAAAAUGUCCUAAAAGUUUGUGACGAACCGCAUCCAGAAUUAAUGGCUAAUAUGCUAAAAUUGUGUGCGGAACAGAAUAUCCAGGACGCUGCUCAAAUAGUUCACGAUUUCUAUAGAAUGGGUUAUUCUGCUGAGGAUAUCGUAGCUAAUAUGUUUCGUGUAUCCAAGACUGUUUCAUUGCCCGAGUACCUCAAAAUGGAAUUCAUGAAGGAAAUAGGAUUGUGUCAUAUGCGAAUCAGUGAAGGAUUGUCGUCUUUGCUUCAGUUAUCUGGUCUGGUGGCAAAGUUGUGUGCUAUCGAAACGAAAUGA